UUUCCUAUGGUUUAGUAAUAACCAAGUUUUUCUAGUCGGCAAUUUGUGGAAGAACAAUACCGAAAUAAACCUAUUUAAUUAAUAAUUCAAGUGUUAUUUUGUUAAAAACAACUAAUAAAAAUGCAACCACAAAUCAUUUUAUUGAAAGAAGGAACGGAUUCGUCACAAGGCAAACCGCAACUUAUUUCCAACAUAAAUGCAUGUCAACUGGUGGCUGAUGCUGUUCACACAACAUUAGGUCCUCGUGGUAUGGACAAACUUAUUGUCGAUCAAAAUGGAAAAUGCACAAUUUCCAACGAUGGGGCUACCAUUUUAAAGCUUUUGGACAUUAUUCACCCAGCAGCGAAAACAUUGGUGGACAUUGCCAAAUCUCAAGAUGCAGAGAUUGGCGAUGGCACGACCAGUGUUGUACUUCUUGCGGCCGAAUUUUUGAAGCAAGUGAAACCAUUUAUCGAAGAGGGCGUUCAUCCAAGAAUUAUCAUCAAGUCCUUCCGUCAAGCAAUCGAUAUGGCAAUUGAGAAAAUAAAAACACUUAGUAUCAAGAUCGACAAUUCUGAUCUUCCAAAACAGAGAUCACUUCUCGAGGAGUGCUCCGCUACAGCUAUGAAUUCAAAAUUAAUUCAUCAACAGAAGGAAUUUUUCAGUAAAAUGGUCGUCGAUGCGGUUCUUUUACUUGAUGAUUUGUUACCUCUCAAUAUGAUUGGAAUCAAGAAGGUUUCCGGUGGAGGUUUAGAGGAAUCGCUCCUCGUCGCCGGUGUGGCUUUCAAAAAAACAUUCUCAUACGCCGGAUUCGAAAUGCAGCCGAAAAAAUAUUCUCCCUGUAAAAUUGCCUUAUUGAACAUUGAGUUGGAAUUGAAAGCAGAACGCGACAAUGCUGAAGUUCGUGUCGACAGUGUAGCGGAAUAUCAAAAAAUUGUCGACGCCGAAUGGCAAAUUCUCUAUCAAAAAUUGGAGAAAAUUGCCAAGAGUGGAGCAAAUGUUGUCCUGUCAAAAUUGCCAAUUGGCGACGUAGCAACACAAUAUUUCGCCGAUCGAGAUAUGUUCUGUGCAGGAAGAGUUGCCGAUGAGGAUCUUAAACGAACAAUGAAGGCUUGUGGAGGCGCUGUGAUGACAACCGUUCACGAUAUCAAUGAAAAUGCUCUCGGCAAAUGUGAAUCCUUCGAGGAGAAGCAAAUUGGCGGAGAAAGAUUCAAUUUCUUCGCGGGUUGUCCAAAUGCAAAAACUUGCACCUUUGUAUUGAGAGGUGGUGCCGAACAAUUUUUGGAGGAGACCGAGAGAUCUUUGCAUGACGCUAUCAUGAUUGUGAGACGUAUGAUUAAAAACGAUGCCGUCGUCGCUGGCGGUGGGGCAAUUGAAAUGGAACUCUCGAAAACUCUUCGCGAUUAUUCGCGUGUAAUUGCAGGAAAGGAGCAAUUAAUCAUUGGAGCUAUUGCUCGCGCUCUCGAAAUUAUACCAAGGCAACUUUGUGACAACGCUGGCUUUGAUGCAACAAAUAUUCUCAACAAACUGCGACAAAAGCAUCACAUGGGAAAAUGUUGGUACGGAGUGGACAUUGUCAAUGAAGAUAUCGCCGACAACAUGGAAGCUUGCGUUUGGGAACCGGCGAUUGUAAAAAUUAAUGCAUUGAUUGCAGCAUGCGAAGCCGCUUGCCUUAUUCUCUCGGUCGAUGAGACAAUUAAAAAUCCUUCCAGUCAACAACAACAACAGGGCGGAGGACGUGGAAUGGGCAGACCGAUGUAAUAAUU